CGCGCUGCCCGUCCCGCUCCGCUCGCCGCCAUCAGCGCCAUGGCGGGGCUGCGCGCGCUGCUGCCGCUGCUCUGCCUGCUCCUGCCGCCCCGCGCCGCCCGCGCCUCCGGCCCCCCGGAGGAGGAGGACGGGGUGCUGGUGCUGCGCGCCGCCUCCUUCGAGCAGGCGCUGGCGGAUCAUCGAUACCUGCUCGUCGAGUUCUACGCCCCGUGGUGCGGGCACUGCAAGGCCCUGGCCCCCGAGUACGCCAAGGCGGCCGCCAAGCUGAAGGCGGAGGGCUCGGAGAUCCGGCUGGCCAAGGUGGACGCCACGGAGGAGUCGGAGCUGGCGCAGCAGUUCGGGGUGCGCGGGUACCCCACCAUCAAGUUCUUCAGGAACGGCGACAAGGCGGCUCCCAAGGAGUACACAGCGGGCAGGGAGGCCGAUGACAUCGUCAACUGGCUGAAGAAGCGCACGGGCCCCGCAGCUGCCACCCUGGCAGACCCUGCUGCAGCUGAGGCCCUGGUGGACUCCAGCGAAGUGGUUGUGAUCGGGUUCUUCAAGGAUUUGACAUCAGAGGCUGCAAAGGAGUUCCUGUCAGCAGCAGAGGCUGUGGACGACAUUCCUUUUGGGAUUUCCUCCAGUGCCGAUGUCUUCACCAAGUACCAGCUCAGCAAGGAUGGUGUGGUCCUCUUCAAGAAGUUUGAUGAAGGCCGUAACAACUUCGAAGGGGAUCUAAAAAAAGAGAAUUUACUGAAUUUCAUCAAGUCUAAUGCGUUGCCCCUGGUCAUAGAGUUCACGGAGCAGACUGCUCCUAAAAUCUUUGGAGGAGAAAUCAAGACUCAUAUUCUGCUGUUCCUACCAAAAAGUGUGUCUGACUACCAAGGGAAGCUGGACAACUUCAAGAGUGCAGCUGGAAACUUCAAAGGGAAGAUUCUGUUCAUCUUCAUCGACAGCGACCACAGUGACAACCAGAGGAUUUUGGAGUUUUUUGGCCUAAAGAAAGAGGAGUGUCCAGCUGUGCGUCUGAUUACGCUGGAGGAGGAGAUGACCAAAUACAAACCUGAAUCAGAUGACCUCUCAGCAGACAAGAUCAAAGAGUUCUGCAACAAGUUCCUGGAGGGCAAGAUCAAGCCCCACCUGAUGAGUCAAGAUCUUCCUGAAGACUGGGACAAGCAGCCUGUCAAGGUUCUAGUUGGGAAGAACUUUGAGGAAGUUGCUUUUGAUGAGAAUAAGAAUGUCUUUGUAGAGUUCUAUGCCCCCUGGUGUGGUCACUGCAAGCAGCUGGCUCCAAUCUGGGACAAGCUGGGAGAGACCUACAGGGACCAUGAGAACAUUGUCAUUGCCAAGAUGGACUCCACGGCCAAUGAAGUGGAGGCAGUGAAAAUCCACAGCUUCCCCACGCUCAAGUUCUUCCCUGCAGGCUCUGGCAGAAACGUCAUUGACUACAAUGGAGAGAGGACACUAGAAGGCUUCAAAAAGUUCCUGGAGAGUGGAGGUCAAGAUGGGGCAGCAGCUGAUGAUGACCUGGAGGACCUGGAGACGGAUGAAGAAACAGACCUUGAGGAAGGUGAUGAUGAUGAGCAGAAAAUCCAGAAGGAUGAAUUGUAAAGAGAAGACUGUGCAUCACCCCAAAAAUCAGACACUAAAUUGGCUGCUGUUGCCAGCCCUGUCAGUCAGAAACCCAUUGAGAUUUAAAGCAGAAAGUGAAUGACUGGAAAUCCAGGGAUUGGCUCUUAAAGUAAUGCUUUACCCUCACUUGUCUGUACACUUGACUCCUUUCUUUCUUUUUGCUCUUGAGAAGGGAUCUGUCACUAGGUAGCCAGCCCAGCCAGCUGGGCUAACUUUUUUUAUUGUGAUGUACUUUUUUGUACACAGCUUUUGUUGGAAGUUUUUUGGGUAGCAGCAGGUUGGGAAGCAGUAACAUGAGUUCAGUGGUCCAGCAUUCUGGAGCCUUGCCACUAACAUCUUCAAGAAAGCUUUUUUUCUUUUAAAACUAAAGCCCAUGGUUGAUUUCUGUGCCUGGCAGGGUCUGUAGUGGUCUCAGCUGUUCUCCCGUGGAAGCAGCUUUCAGCCUCUGCAGGGGAAAGGGCAGUAGUUGGUGGUAUCCUCCUGGUGACAGGUUUAUGGGAAGUUGCUUCUCUGCAUGCUGGCCAGAUGUUUCCCUUCCUCUCUGCUUUAAGACACUAGGAGAUGACAAUUCCAAACACCUGGAAGGGUGGAACAUCGUGCACUGGCUGUGGCAGGCUCUGGGGUGGCAGGGAUUGCUGGCUUACCAGCUUCCACAUGACCUGUGUUGCCAUCCUUUGAUCAAACAUGACUGCUCUGCAGUCACUUCCCAUGCAUUGCUUUAAGUGGGGUGACUGGGGGGGGAGGGCUGAUAAUAACAGAUCAAAUAGGACAUUUGGCAUUACUGGGGUUUGGGGAGGAACUUGAACAGGGGAGUGCCUCAAAGGCCUGAGCUGCAUUGGCUGUUGGCAGCAUUCUGCUACAAUAACAUUGGAACCGAAUUUGUUGGUCAAAUAAAGUUGAGAUUUUAAUACUA